AUGGGCUUCGAAGACAAGCGAGUCGCAAUCAUCGGCGGCGGCCUAGGAGGCAUGUCCUUCCUCAAUGCCGCACUGCACACCGGCCUGAAGGACGUGCAACUAUAUGAGCAAGCAGCGCAGUUCGGUGAAGUCGGUGCCGGCGUAAACAUCACCUCGAACGCAAACCGUGUCCUAGACGCCUUCGGUCUGCAAGAGAGUAUGAUGCGCAAGUCCUCACGCAAGCUGCCCAGCUAUAUGGAAUACCACAACUACAAGACUGGAGACUACGUAGGUCACAUUGGUGAGUUCUCGCAGCCGCAUGCGCGCCUGCUGCACCGCGCCCACCUACUAGACUUGCUGAAAGAGCGUGUACCCGAGUCAAGCCUGAACUUGGGCAAGCAUCUGGAAUCCGUCGACCGGAAUGUUGACACCGAUGCUGCACCGUACACUCUUCGUUUCCAGGAUGGCAGCACUGCCGAGGCAGAUAUUGUGAUCGGCUGUGAUGGUAUCAAGUCUAAUGUGCGCCGGGAUAUGGGCCUGGGAGACGACCCCAACUACUCUGGCCAGGUUGUGUAUCGUGGAUUCGUCCACUACAAGGAUCUACCCGCUGAGACGGAGCAGCUGCUGCGCAAGACUGUUAACUUCCGUGGGCCCAAGCGUCACGUCCUGAUCUUGCCUAUUGGUAACCAGGAGACGGGGACCGACCGUGCUGCCGUGAUCGGUUUCAUGUCAGAGCCACUUGAGGCAUGGGACUCUGAGAGCUGGAUGUCUCGCUCGGAUAUUGAUAGCCUCCAGGAGCACGUCCGUGACUGGUGCCCGGAGGUACAGCAUGUCAUUGCUGGUCUGCGCAAGAGCUCUGAGGACGGCAAGAUGCUCAAACAGGCGCUGUACGUGCGUGACCCAAUCGACAAGUGGUAUGAGAUGAAGAGUGGGCAGAAGGAUUCUGGUAUUAUUCUGCUUGGUGACUCGGCACACUCGACUCUUCCUCAUCAAGGCCAAGGAACAUGCAUGGCAAUUGAAUCUGGCAUUGCCCUUGCAACUAUCCUCAGACAUUGGAAGACAGAUGACCUAGAGGCUGCGUUCAAGUUCUACCAGGACCUGCGCAAGCCCCGGACAGACCGGGUCACGAAGACCAGCUACGAGGCCGGCAAGUUAGCUAGUUCUGACUCCCCUGACCAGAUAUCCAACAACUUCAACCCGGAUGCAUUGAUGGAGCGGAUGAAGUGGAUUAUGGAGUACAAUGUUCUAGAAGACUUGAAGAUCAAAGGUCAAGGCACACCGGGAGGCUUCCAGUCCCGUCGCUCAUACCCAUCCCUCCGCCACAUCUCUAUAGCACCCUUAACCCCCAGAUUUCCCAUUGACGACGACACAGAUCUAACGGACUACUUCAGCCACCGCGACCAGGAAGCUCCAGCCAGCGGCACCCGCACAACCCAAGCAUCAUCCUAUCUGUCCAGCGUCUCAGUCCCAAGCACGCCACCGAUCCUCUCGCACUCACGCAGCAACUCGCGAAGCCGCCACAAGCGCAGCAAAAGCUCUACAGGCACAGGGGCAUUAAGCGACACGAACCUGCACAACCGGGAGCUAGGCCAUGCCCUCCACCAUAUCCCAAAACCCAAGAAACAGCCUAGUAUCUCUCAUUCGCAAAGACGACGCCCCCUCCCAGACAGCACGCCGAAAUCCAAAUCCGACGCAGAAUGGAUGCUCCGCGCAGGCAUAGCCCUAGCCUCCUCGGCUCGGGAGGAAAAAGGCCAAAGCUGGCUCUCCAAGCGCGAGACUUCAACGACCCUUAUCCCAGACACGCCCUUCGACGAAACACCCACUAACCGCCACCAUCGUCGCACCAGAUCAGGCGCCUCGUCACGCAUUUCCCGCUCUGGCGCCUCAACACCAGGCGGAGCCGGUGUCCUCUCCCGCCGCACUUCCCGCUCCCGUGCCGGCAGCAGACCCGGCAGCAGCAGAGCCCAUCUAACCAUGACCGCCCUCCCGGUAUCAUCUUCCUCGACGCCAGCAGAGAAGGAGGUAGCUAUCAGCUCGGGCACGGAUACAGGGUCAGUGACACGCACGGCGAGCCCAGAAGCGCGCGGCCGUACUCCCCUAGUGCCUGAUUUCGUGGAUGCGCGCAUCCGCGCAGAGAUGGCGUCGCUACAGCGUCGCGAGCGAAGAUUCUCGGAUGAAGACUCUGUGCACUGGGAUGGGGCUGGCUCGGACGAAGAUGAGACUUGGUCUGAGUACUCGUGUGGCUCUGACGAGACGCCGGAUGAGUUCGAUGAAGCGGAUCUGCAGCAGCUGACGCGUGAGCGCGGGUUCGGGCUCGGCUCUUGGAUUGAUCGUUUGGUUGAGUGGACGCUUUUCGGGGUUGAUGAGUGGCCUGCGGCUCUUCCGGCUGUGGUGCCUGCUUCGCGUAUCGGUACGGCGGAUACUACUACUACUGUUACAUUUGAGGACCCUGUUUUGGUGGAUGAUGAGACAGUUUCGCUUGGUUCGGUUGGGGAUGGGGAGCAGUCUGAUGGGGAGAGUUCUACUGGUAGUGCUGCGCCUAUUGAGAAACCAGGGACUCAGGGUGGGUGGGAGGAUGCUGGGUGGUUGUUUCGUUUAAUGAAGCGGGCAUUGAUAUGA